UACUCACUUUUUGAACCACGAUAUACUCUCCUUCUCCUUCUUCCACCUACCAUCCGACCAAUUUCUGGCCAGGCCAGGACUUCAUCUAACAUACAGAACACUAUGAAGCAGAGGAACUUCCGAUUCUUUUUCUUCCACUUCCCCAUACUGUUUUCAUUACCGUUGCUCUCGCUCGCCCAGCUCCCGGGCACUUGGGAGUUACUUCUAGAGAAUGCCGGCAUCGCCUCGAUGCACACUGCCGUCACCCACUUUGGCACCGUCGUCCUUCUCGACCGCACCGACAUCGGUCCCUCGGAACUCCACCUCCCUGCCGGUCACUGCCGCUACGAUCCCAAAGACCGUGCCCUCCCCCACGGUGACUGCACAGCCCACUCCGCCCUCUUCGAUCCCUCUACCCUCUCCUUCCGCCCUCUCUCCAUCCUAACCGAUACCUGGUGCUCCUCCGGCCAAUUCCUCCCCGACGGCACUCUACUCCAAACCGGCGGCGACCUCGACGGCCUACGCCGCUUCCGCACCUUCUCUCCUUGCGCCCCUAACCUCCCCUGCGACUGGCGCGAGCUCCACGCCCCUCUCCUCGUUGUCGGCCGAUGGUACGCCACUAAUCAAAUCCUCCCAGACGGUUCCAUAAUAAUCGUUGGCGGCCGCGCCGCCCCUUCCGUCGAAUUCUACCCUCCUUCUCGGCCUUACCACCUCUUCCCUUUCCUCGCCGCCGCCGAAGAUUCCCAAAUGGACAAUCUUUACCCUUUUGUCCAUCUCCUCCCAGACGGCCACCUCUUCGUUUUUGCCAACUCCCGCGCCGUCCUCUAUGACUCCGACACCGGCGCCGUCAUCCGCGAGUACCCUCCGAUACCUGGCGGGCCUCGGAGCUACCCCUCCGCCGGCUCAUCUGCGAUGCUCGCCCUUGACAUCGCUGGAGGAGGCUAUUUACACCCCGCAAUAGUGGUCUGCGGUGGAGCCCGGUUUGGCGCGUUCCUCCACCGGGAUACCGACGCCCAGGCGGACACCUCAUGCGGCCGAAUCAGCCCAAGCGAUGAGAACCCAGUCUGGGCCAUGGAAGAUAUGCCGUUUCCUCGGAUCAUGGGGGACAUGGUGAUGCUUCCGACCGGUGAUGUGCUUAUAAUCAACGGUGCGAUGGCCGGUUCGCAGGGGUUCGAGAUGGCGACCCAACCAUGCUUCUACCCUCUUCUGUACCGGCCGGAUCAACCUUCCGGACUCCGGUUCAUGACGCUGACCCCGACCACGAUUGCCAGAAUGUACCACUCGACUGCCAACCUUUUACCGGACGGUCGGGUGCUCGUCGCCGGUAGCAACCCGCAUUACUUCUACCGGUUCAAUGUCGAGUUUUCGACCGAGUUGAGGCUCGAGGCGUUUUCACCGGAGUAUUUAUCGCCGGAUCGGAGCAACCUCCGGCCUCUGGUUGUGGUGGCGCCGGAGAAGGCUGGUUAUGGAGAAACGUUUGAUGUGGAGGUGUCGGUGGAGUUGCCGGUGGUAGGGAUAAUAGAGGUGAAUUUGGCGAGUGCGCCGUUCUCAACGCACUCGUUCUCUCAGGGGCAGAGAUUGGUGAAAUUAGAGGUGUCAGCGGCAGUGGAGCAGAGUGGUGAGGAUGGAAGGCAUUUUUAUCGAAUUAGUUGUACAGCGCCGCCGGAUGGGGGGGUGGCGCCGCCGGGUUAUUACAUGGCGUUUGCUGUAAAUCAAGGAGUGCCCAGUGUGGCUAAAUGGGUACAGUUGGUGCUCUAGAAGGAUAAUACUGAAGAUAUUUUAAGAAUAAACAGAACAAGAAAUUAUCUUCGAUGCAAUAAUUGAGAAGGUUUGGUGUGUUCUGCGUUGUCUAUAAUGAUGAACGCCAGCUGCGUGCAAUUAUUGAAAUGAUUUUUUUUUUUUUGUGAUUAAAUUUGUAUUUAGGUUAUAUUAUUAUUUGGAAGCGGAUAAUGUAAUGAGAUGAAUUUAACUAUCUUUUUUAAAUUAUAACGGAUUGAUUUCUCUAU